AUAAAGAAGAAGAAGAAGAUGAUGAUGAUGAUGAUGAUGAUGAUGAUGAUGAUGAUGAUGAUGAUGGACGAUAAUGAUGAUGAUGAUGAUGAUGAUGAUGAUGAUGAUGAUGAUGAUGAUGGUUAA